ACAUGAGCUCACCUUAUCCAGCAGGAGAAUUAUUAGCCGAGCUGUGUUUAAAUAAGUUCGAUACAUUACCCAAAACUGGAAAACCAACCAAUAAGGAAUGGACGAUCCUAGCAGGUGUUGUACAGUAUGACGAAAAUCGGAAGGAAAGUAAGGUUGUGGCGCUGGGUGCUGGUACAAAAUGCAUUGGUAGAAGCAAACUAUGCAGUGGCGGUUUAAUAUUAAAUGAUUCACAUGCAGAAGUACUAGCGAGAAGAGCACUGCUACGAUACUUUUAUGCUGAACUUAGAAAAGCAAUAGAGAAUAAAUUGUCCAUAUUUCAGUGGAAUGCAGAAAAGUUAUUUUUCACUCUAAAGCGAGAAUUGAGUUUUCACUUCAUUAGCACACAAACGCCUUGUGGUGAUGCUUGUAUUGAGGACGAAUCAUGUGACGAGGAAAGUAUUGAAACACCUAAUAAAAAGCCUAAACUUGUCUGCGAUGAAUUAGUACAAAAAGAUUUUGGUAAGACUUUGUUGAAUGACAGUGAAGUGGUUUACACUGGUGCUAAACUAAUUGGGGAACACAGUGAUCUACUCCAACAGUUUGUGGGAGUUGUACGUACUAAACCAGGCAGAGGUGAUCGCACGCUGUCAAUGUCUUGCAGUGAUAAAUUGUCGAGAUGGAAUGUUUUAGGUGUACAAGGCGCACUACUAGAUACUCUGCUGGAUAAACCCAUUUACUUUGAAACAUUAACAUUUUGCUGUAGUAGAAGUAAUGAAAAAUCCAUACGUCGUGCCAUAUACGGACGUUGGUUGGAUAGACAAUUUGAGCACGUGAAAUAUAAACCACAGAAGCCGCUCAUACACAUAUGUGACAAUACUAAAUUUAAGUAUGUGGAGGACACUGGAAAACAGCCAAGUCCUAAUGGCUUGGUGUGGUGUGAUAUACCUGUAAAUGUUAAUCCUAUUGAAAUUUCCGUUAAUGGAAAACGACAAGGUGUAACUGCAAAAAAAUCCAAUUCACCACAAGCUGCUUUAAGGACAAGCAAAUAUCAUUUGUUGUUGGAAUAUGUGGAGUUAUUAAAAGCUAAACCAGAAUUUUGUAAAAAAUUUGGAAUUACUAUGGAAAAAUUGGAGAUCUUAAAGUAUAAUGAAUUCAAAAAUAUUGCCGAAGAGUAUCAAAAUGCUUGGGGAAAAGUUAAAAGCGAUUACUUUCAACAAUGGACCAGCAAACCGCAACAUUUGCAAACUUUUUCAAUAGUUACGCAAAAGACAGACAAAACUAACUUAUAGUAGGUAUUAAGUAAAAGCUAAUAUAGUUCUAGAACUACUGAUAAACAUCGAAUAAGAGCUUACAAAGCUGCUUCGAGAAAAAUAAAAGAAAUUUAUCUUGUAAGCAUCCAAAGUCAUACAAAAAUUUAAACUAGUUGGUAUCUAUUAAACAUUGUGGAGAUAAAAAUAUACUAAUUGUACCGUACAAUAAUGCGUAUGUAGUUCCAAGAAGGACCGAAUCUGCGUUACGGAACCAUUGUUGUUGUUGUUAUAACCCGCCGGGACCUGAAAGCAGAUAACAUGAAAGGAUAACAAGACGAAUACAUGGGUAAAGGAGUGGAUAGGUGGGGUUGUGGUACAGGGGAUAAAGGAAGGGAGAGAGGGGUUGCGGAACCAUUAGUCAAAUUCGACGAUUAUGUGCGUUCAACACUCCCAAAAGAAACAAAACAAACAAAUCCUUGCGGGGUAUAAUAUUAUAUAUUAUAUAAUAACAAUAACAAAAUGCGUAUGUUUUAAACCUACUCGUCGGCGUUGACAAAGUGAAUAAUAAUAAAAACUUCUCACUUUUACUUUGUCCUCACUUAAGCAGUGUCAUUUUAUAUUGUGAUAGAGAUUUAAUGUUUGAAAAAAAAACCGAACCACUUAAAUACUCCAUCUGUGUAUUUAAAAGCUAUUAGUUCACCUUUGGGAUCGACUUCCAUGAUGUUGGCCGACUUCCAUGUUGAUGUAGGUGCCGAUGUAUUCAUGAUAAAGAGUCUACUAAUGGCAUGUGGAUAAAUAUAUUUGCUACGAUAAAUUUUUUGAUCUCAAAAUCUCAUAGUAUCCCAACACAUCCGUAUGCUAUAUGGCAUAUA